UGCACUAUGGUUUGCUGCAUUGUGGUUCAUUUUAUCAUGCGCACCUCCCCAAAUAGAAAGCAGGACAACUGGCGGCUGAAAUGGGCGAAUGGGAUCUGCUGGGCCGCCUGCUGGACAAAGUGCAGAGCCACUCCACAGUGAUCGGCAAGGUGUGGCUCACUGUGCUGUUUGUCUUCCGCAUCCUGGUCCUGUGCGCCGGCGCUGAGAAGGUGUGGGGCGAUGAGCAAUCUGACUUUGUGUGCAACACCCGGCAGCCCGGCUGUGAGAACGUCUGCUACGACCUCGUCUUCCCCAUCUCUCACGUUCGCUUUUGGAUUCUUCAGAUCAUUGCUGUCACGACUCCCAAGCUGCUCUACCUCGGCCACGUCCUUCAUGUGAUCCACAUUGAGAAGAAGGUGAAGGAGAGGAUGAGGAAGCAGGCGGAGCUGGAAGACCACACCAGUCUGUUCCUCAGCAAGGCCUUCAAAGUUCCCAAGUACACCAAGAGCAGUGGCAAAAUCAGCAUCCGCGGCCGCCUCCUUCGUAGUUAUAUCCUCCAUCUUGUGGCCAAGAUAGUCCUGGAGGUUUUGUUCAUCGUGGGUCAGUAUUUACUUUACGGUUUCACCCUCCAGACUCGCUAUGUCUGCGUCCACUUUCCCUGCCCUCACCAGGUGGACUGCUACAUCUCCAGGCCCACGGAGAAAUCGGUCAUCAUCUGGUUCAUGCUGGUGUCAGCGAUCGUCUCCCUUGUGCUCAGCGUGGUUGAGCUCUUCUAUCUGUGCGUGAAGGCGUUGAAGGAGUGCAUGGUGAGGAGGCAGGACUACACCGUGACCCCGGUGACGCCUCCGUUUUCGGAAAGGAAAGCUUUUAGAAGCCGGCCCGAGAUCAUCCAGAACUGUGCCAACCUGGAGGUGGAGCUGCAAGGCGAAAAGUUGGGGGCAAACGGGGUCAAAGGUGGGGUGAACAAGGUUGUUCAGAAUGUACCAACUGAGAACAAGAUGGGGGAGGUUCACAUCUGAAGCGUGGAGGCAGUGAUAGGUUGUAGGUUGUUCCAGUAUUUGUGUG